AUGCAUAUGCAAACUAUUGUUGUCGCCAUCGCAGGUUUGGCUGCUACAGCCUCUGCUUCCGCUGCCAUUCCAGCAAACCCCAUUCUCAAGCAUGUUGCAGUUCGCGCUGUCAACGUUGAUGGGUCUUUUGCUGGAUUGAUCUUCAAGCGCCAGACUAGCUGUCCGCCUGGCUAUAGUGCCUGUGGCUCCGGUUGCUCGCUCGGACCUUGCUGCGAUCCUGAUGCUGGUUUGGCUUGCCGACCAGGAGAGGUUUGCUCUCAAAUUAAUGGCGAGAUGGGAUGUUGUCCUGAUGGCUACGUCUGCAAUGGUGUUCGUAGCUGCCAGAACGCCGUUGGAGGAUACUGCACCCCUGGAUCCGUCGACAAUGGAGUUCUUUGCUGCGACGCUGCUGCUCCCCUCUGCAGUACUAGCUCCGGCGUCCCUUACUGCGCGGGUGUCGCUCCAAGUACCACCGUCACUGCUACUCCAUACCAAACCGGUGGCGAGGGUGGUGGCUUCGACACUACCACUACCACUUCGCUCACUACUACUGAGACUAUUACCUUGACACGCGACUCCUCUAGCGAUGUGAUUCCACCAACCUACGCAACGGGUGGUGAGACCGAGGCUACCUCCACUGAGGCUCCGACUGAAACUCCAACUGAGACGGAAACCGCAACUGAGACUGAGACUGUAACUGAGGCUCCCACUGAGGCUCCCACUGAGGCUCCCACUGAGGCUCCAACUGAAGCUCCAACUGAAGCUCCCACCGAUGUUACCACUGAGGUCCCAACUGCCACCACAGUCAUCACUGAGACUUAUGUCGUUCCUACCGUCCCAACUACCAUUACUGGCUCGCUCACCAUCCAGACCAGCACUCCAACCAACGCUGCUGAGCCAUCCACCUCCACCUGGACCUCGACUGCCAUUGUCGUUAUUCCCUAUCCUCCUGUUAACGGUACUAAUGGUACCGCUACCUCGAGCCCGAGCCCACCAGAAGCCACUGGUGCAGCUGGAAAGCUCGGAGUUAGCGGUUUCGCUUUGACUGUCGCUCUUGGUCUUGCCUUCUUGCUCUAA